UGUGCGCAUUUUUUUUGCCAAAGAAAAACGAAAAAAAAACAGACAGUCAGACACGCACGCAAGCAGAAACGAGAGUUCGUUGUCUCACUCGCCGCCGGCGCCGGCGCUCCGCCAAGCCCGCCUCAUUCUCUCACCAUGUCGUCCGCCCCUGCUCCGACUCCUUCCACCGCCGCCGCCUACGACCGCCUGGUCGAGCUCCGCGCGCUGGACGCGACCAUGGCCGGCGUGCGCGGCCUCGUGGCGUCCGGCGUCACGCGCGUGCCCCGCAUCUUCCGCGCCCCGGAGCCCGAACAGCCGCCAGCAAAGUCCAACGCUACCGGGCGACAAGCGGCGCCGGCGCCGCCGCCGUGCAUCCCCAUCCCGACGAUCGACCUCGGCGUGGCGGACCACGAGGCGCUGGUCUCUGCACUGCGGCGCGCCGCGGCGGAGUGGGGGCUCUUCGUGGUGACGGGCCACGGCGUGCCCGAGGAGGUGGCCGCCGCGGCGCUCGGCGCGGCGCGGGCGUUCCACGACGCGGACGGCGGCGAGGGCAGCGAGAAGGCGCGGCUCUACACGCGCGACCCGGCCAAAGCGGUGAAGUACAACUGCAACUUCGACCUGUACCAGUCGUCCGUGGCCAACUGGCGCGACACGCUCUACCUCCGCCUCGCGCCCGACCCGCCGGCCGACGGCGAGAUGCCGGAGAACUGCCGGGAAGCAUUCUUUGACUACGCCAAGCAUACCAAGAUUUUACUGGAAACAUUGUACCGGUUGCUAUCAGAGGCUCUUGGUCUAAACUCGAGCUACCUAAUUGAUAUUGAGUGCAACCGAGGGCAGAUGAUACUGUUUCACUACUACCCUCCAUGCCCGGAGCCCGAGGUCGCCAUGGGAACAACCCAGCAUUCCGACACCGGCUUCCUCACCCUCCUUCUCCAGGAUGACAUCGGUGGUCUGCAGGUCCUCCAUGACGACCAGUGGAUCGACGUCCCACCAAUGCCUGGGGCAUUCAUUGUGAACAUCGGCGAUCUCAUGCAGAUGAUGUCGAACGACAAGUUCAGAAGCGCCGAGCACAGAGUGGUGGCAAAGAAAGCUGGACCAAGGGUCUCCAUCGCAUGCUUCACCAGCCAUUCAGAUUCCACAAGGAUGUAUGGCCCUAUCAAGGAGCUCUUGUCUGAUGAGUGCCCACCGUUGUACAGGGAAACACUUGCGAGAGAUUACAUUGCGCACUACUACUCCGUCGGGCUAGGUCGCAAAAAGGCUAUUUACGAUUUCCGGCUAUAGCGAUUGUGCAACAAAUUGCGAGUUCUUGCUUCUCUGAAGUCUGAACUAUAUAUGGCCUUUGUUGCAAUGUAUGAAUUAAAGGCAUUGAGGAUCAUCCUAUAUGCCCAUAUGCUAUAUUACGAAAUAAAGGAAGUGGAGAAAUAACAAUACUGACGAAUUCCUUCUUCCAGUAA